CAAACAUCAACCCGCUGCUGAGCUACAGUGGCCAGCAAGAGCCUUCCCUCUCGGAAAUCCACCGGUGGACAGCCCCAACAGUACCUUACCAUAGGCCAAAGUCCCCUUCUUUUCCCCUGGGCUCACAAGUUUCGCUGUAAAAGAAAAAAAAGGAGCGAGUGGCAACGUUGCUUUCAUUGCAGUGAUAGGAAUCACCCGCUUGGCAGCUGUCACCGCGCAGCCUCGCGUGCUGAUGCUGCAGAACCCCACUUCUCCUCCUCCUUUUCCUUGCCUCUCCUCUCCCGAAGACUCCCUGCCCUUCCCAUCGAUCAUAUUGCCGGUGUUCCGUUGGAAGAAUUCCUUUUGGAUAGUGAAGUUAAGGUUUUGGAAGAGAUGAAGGAUGGUGCGUCGGCGUCGAGCCUGGCGAUCACGGAGAAGAGGCCGGCGCAGCAGAAGCCCGGCGGCAGUUGCAUCGGUGUCUUCUUCCAGCUCUUCAAUUGGAAGAAGAAGCUCUUCUCCAAGAAACUCCUCCCUCCAGUUUCUGGUGCUGCGAAGAGGGUGUCGAAAAAAAUUGCUGGUAGAGAGGAGAAGAUGCAGAAAGCAUCCAUGGCAAAGCUGUUACUGAUUGCUGAUGAGAACCAUGGAGGCUUUCCGAAUACAAAAAGAUCAGAGGAUGACACCAGCUGUUCUUCGUCCCAAGGUGGUCUGGGCGACGGAAUGCGUGCUCCUGGCUUGGUGGCCAAGCUCAUGGGUCUCGAAUCCAUGCCUGUUGCUCAACGUGAAAAGACAAGGAAUGCUUCGGGUUCCAAGCUCGAUGGCUCUCUUGAUGAGGCUUCAGAGCUCGAAGAAAUUUGCUCGGAAAUGGGUGGGCGUGGAAGGGCUGAGACGAGGCCUCAGAAGGUCCAGAAGACUGGAGUCACUUCCCGGUUCGGUUCCAAUAGUUUCCAGUUCAACAGGAGCAUGCUAUCAAGCUCAAGAAGGCAGCACCACAAGCUCGCUUCCCCUGUGAAGAGCCCGAGGAUGUUUUCGAGAAGGAACAAAGCUCGGUUGAUGGAGGCUGCGACUAAGAUCCUGGAGCCUGGGCUGCAGUCCAGGAAUCAGGGUAGAUGCGCCCUUACUUAUAUCAACUCCUCGCGAGUCAGUAGAGAAGGAUCCAAUGCUUCUCUGUUUCCCAGGAGUUCUGGAGAACCAUCGAAUGAUUUGCUCGUUGGUUCUUGUAAGAAUUGUGGAAAUGUAGUCGAAGUUACUGGGUUGAUGACAAGCGCCAAGGAGACACAGGUAACUCAGAAUGGGUACAGUGAUUCAGAUUUGAGUAAUGCUUCGUCUUCCCAUGCUGUGUAUGAAGAACAUAAGCCGAAACCUCCGGUCAUGCUGUCUGGUCCAAACAGAACAGCUUCGCUUCCUGUUCAAAGCAAGUUCAAUGUGCAGAAUUCACCAGAGAGUGGUCGGAGUAGAGCGACAUCGCUGGCUCUUCAAGCUAAGUUCAAUGUCCAGAGCAGAGCUCAUGACUUGAUGGAAAGGAAGUGCCGUAAAACAUAUGAUCAGCACUUGUGCAAGGCCGGAGAGGAAGUUGCUUCAAGAUCUGCCCUCAAACAGAAUAAUUUGAGGCAAAACCAAUUGCCAUCAGUUCAUGAGAAAGCAUUUAGGGGUUCUGAAGUGUGUGGAAGACAACAGAGCGGAAGAGACCCAUAUGCAUCAAAUGGGACCAAGGAUUUUGUUGCUUUGAGCAGAAACCUGAACAAUUGUAUGCGUUCGAGAUCCCCAUCGAAAGUUUUGGAGAGAAAUAGAGUGGAAAUGGAAAGGAAUGAUUUGGAAAAGAAGAACAUUGCUCAGAAAAGAAGACUGGUGGGUAACUCUCAGAUUGGAAAUGAAGGAAUGGUUAACGUAAUGUUAAUGAAGCAAAGAGGUGCUAGACGUGACUUGAUUAACGAAACAGCAGCAGGGGUUAUGGUUAAUCGUUCGAUCAAUAAAAACAAUGCCAAAAUUGAGUCAUGGAAACAGGUGCAAGUUGGUAGCAAACGUGGGAGUCCAGGUAUAGCUUCUUUCACAUCACCAAUGAGUCACCGUUCUGGGUCUUCCACCCACAGAAAUAUGGUAGGGAAGAGCGGGAGUGCUAAAGAACUCGUUCAUGAUGCUUCUAUUUCAAGAAAGUUAGUAUCAGAUGAAGAGACAGGAAACUUCUCAUCUCAGAAAGGAAUGACCCAAGGGGAGGAUGCACUGACUGCUCUUCUAAAACAAAUCAGAGAGUCUUUGGUCCAAGAUGGGUUCCAAACAGGGGAUGCUGUUCCACAUAGAUCUCCUGCAUCUGUUCUUGAAGAGCUGAUUUCUGCCCUUUCAGAUGGAUCUUGUCCACCUAAGAGAAAUGGUGAUGGAUUGCCAAGUGGGUUGGGCCCAAAAGAUAAAUUGUGUUAUGGCUGCACUCAUUUAUCUAAUUCUGCCAAUUCUCAUGGUGAGAUACCUAUGAUCAAUAAAAAAUUUCAGGCAGGGGCAAAAGCAGGGAUAUCCAUGGCAUAUCCAGCCAGUGAUGGGGAUCAUCCUAGCCCAAUAUCAAUUCUUGAAGCUUCUUUCUCAAAUGACAGCUGCUAUUCUUGGAGUCCCAGCGGCUGCUCAGGAUGCAAACCAGAGUCUACUUUAAGCUCCUGCAGCAAGAUACAAGCGUUGGAUCCAGAAAGUGAUCUUUUAGACUCUGCAUCUUCUACUAAUAUUGGGAGGUUUGAUACUGAGAACACUGCCUGCUCGGUUGGCAAUAGUUCAACCAUGCAUGGUAUCUAUUCCUGUGAAUUUGAACUCAAGGACAGUAAGCUCAGGUAUUACAUUGAUGCUAUUUCCAAUGCUGGAUUGCUGUUUGAGAGCAGUUCCUCGUUUGGCUCAAAUGUGGCAGAUUACUCUUCCAUAGAUUUGUUUCUUCAUGAUAUGGUAGAAGCAAUGAUAAAUGCCUCUCAUAUUAGUACAAAAUGCAGUUCUGGUUUCAGAGAGGAUAAAGAGGGGAGUUCACUUGGGCGGCUUGAUUUUGACUGCAUGAUAGAGUGUUUGGAUUCUAAAUACAGCUGCCUCUGUAGUUCUGGUUACAAGGCAUGGUCGAUUCUUCCAUUGCUUUUAAGCAAAGAUAGGUUGGUAAAAGUGGUUGAAAAGGAAAUAACAGGAUGGACAGAUUUGGCUGGGAAGACUUUAGAUGAGCUGAUUGAGAAGGAUAUGAACCUUUCAACCGGAAAAUGGACAGAGUUCAAAGUUGAAGCAUUUGAAAUUUGCAUGCAGAUUGAGGACAAUGUACUCCAGGUACUGAUUGAUGAGACUGUGAUAGAUUUUUGUUUGUGCUGAAUGAAGACAUGGGAAUGCUAAAAGCUUCUUAAGAAGCAUACAGCAUUGUAUUAGAUGCAAAUUUGUGAGCUAUACUUUGUAUACAGCCAUGUGUGGACAAAAGCAUCAUGUACAAACGAGGUGGUGUUUUAGGUUUUGUAGAGGAAUUGUUCAUAGGAGCUGUUGAUUUGUGAAUUUGGAAGGAACAUGCAGCUUUUUUGCAUUGGAAGUUGCUACUUUCUGGAGUUUUCCAGUGCUUCUUUUUUCGUUUCUUUUCUUUUCUUUUCUUUUCUUUUUUUUUGUGGGUGGUUGGUUGGUCGGGGGGGGGGGGGGGGGCGCCAAGUGGUUAUCAGAACUGAGUGAUGUAUCCCGUUUUGUUGUAUUUUCCUGAAUCUAAACCAAGUAGUUGAAAUAUCUCUUAGUAAACUGGAAUCUUUUAUGUGUUUUCUUGUUUAAAGCAGACUGUGGGUUCCUGAAAAAAUGGGUACACGGGUUAGGCUUUGUACUCGAAGUAAAAUUUUCUGUACCUAUGUGAAUAAUGGACUCUACCAGAGAUAGCCUUGACAAAAGAGUUUGGUCCGGUCAUCAAAAUUGCAUCAUCUGCUAGUCUUAUCAAGAUUAUGCUUAUCAUUGUAGUACCUGUUCUCUCAAUUGAUUUGAAUGCAAAUAAAAAAAUUCCAUGGAAAGCGAGAGAGGACUUGGUCCUUCUGGCCUCUUCAUGCAAAAGAGGAGAUUCUCAGGUGGUGGAUAAUGUUACUUCAGUUCAUGAAAAGAGACUCAACCUGAAUGGUCGUGAUGCCAGGGGAUAUGUAUCUUGCUGGAAGGCUAGCUCAGAGGUAUGUUUCGGUUGAAGAUAUCAAUAGUACUCCCAUCACAAAUGGUUGUGGUGUAAUGUAAUUGCCCUGUUGUUGAACUUGGGAUUUCUGAAUUAAGUGAAAUCCUCUUGUUUCAGACUGUAGUCUAGUUUUAAUCCAUCCAAAAAUAGGUAUUUCUUCUUUUAUUUUACCAUGACUUAUUCUCUUGACAAAAUCAAAAUCCAAAAGCAAUGAAAAAUCUAGCCU